AUGUCCGCUACCCCAACAAGAGGCCAAGUUUUGAAGCUUUACAAGCAGUUUAUGAAAAAUGCUAGACAGUUUAAUGAUUACAAUUUUAGAGAAUACUUCAUCAGAAGGGCGAGAAUCGGUUUCAAGGAGAAUAAGGACGUACACGAUUCACAGAAAUUAAACACUUUGUUCAAAGAGGCACAACGUGACCUUGGUGUGUUAAAGAGACAGUCUGUGCUAUCACAGAUGUACACUUUUGACAAGCUAGUGGUUGAACCUCUGAUUAAGAGUCACGGACAUAGCAGAGGACUAUAA